GUCAGAUUCGCGACUUGCAUUCAGUUUCCAAUUUGGCGUCCAGCUUAGUGGAAGCAGUCAAAAGUUCUCCGUGAGAAAGGAUUAUCCCUAGAAAUGGUUGCCUGGCUGACGGUCAAGUCAGUGGCCAUCUUUUUGGGCUUGGCCUCCACGGCCUUUUGUGUGGCCACCAUUGUGCUGGCAGUCCAAAACGCCGAUCUGGAGAACGAUCUUCAGGACGCCCUGGAUAAGAUCGACGCCCUGACAGCGGACACCACUUCCACCUCCACCUCCACUACGACGACCACCACUGCAGAUCCUAACAGGCCAACAGAUGAGCCUAGUGGAACCACCAGCUCUCCCGGCGAGGGAGGUGUAACAACUCCAAGCGGAGGAACCUCUCCAGGAGGAACCUCUCCAGGAGAAACCUCUCCAGGAGGAGAAUCGUCCAGUACGGCAUCCACAUCCUCCAGCAGCGCUCCUAUCUAUCCAACUUUGCCGACAGGUCUUCCAGAUCCUGAAAAGAUCGAAUGGCGCCUGCCCACGGAACUGACGCCGAUCAAGUACAAGGUGUUUAUCCAGCCCAAUCUGAAGACUGGUGAAUGUAAGGGCGACGUGUCCAUCCAGUUCCAGCUGAACGCCGUCACCAAUCUGAUCGUCCUGCACGCCAAGGACCUCAAUGUGCACAGCAUCAGCAUAUUGAACAUGAUGGCGCGCAUCCGCGUGGCCAUCGAUAAAGUCGUGGUGGACGCAGUACGCGAAAUAAUCUUGAUAUACCUGAGGGAGGUGCUGAGCUUGAACAAGGCCUUCACGUUCUCCGCCAGUUUUGAUUGCAACCUGAACAACCUGGUGGGAAGCUACAUAAGCAACUACACAAACGCCGAAGGAGUUGAGACACCGAUCGUGAGCACCAAGUUCGAACCCACAUACGCCCGCAUGGCCUUCCCCUGCUUCGAUGAGCCCGCCAUGAAGGCGCAGUUCACCAUCACCGUGGCCCGUCCCAGUGGCGAUCAGUACCAUGUGCUGUCCAACAUGCCGGUGGCCAGCGAGUAUGUCGACGGCGAUCUCACCGAGGUGACAUUCGCGGAGACUGUGCCCAUGAGCACCUACCUGGCCGCCUUUGUGGUUUCUGAUUUCGCGUACACAAACACCACCGUGGAGGGAACCAGCAUCGAAUUGAGGGUCUAUGCUCAGCCAGCACAGGUGGAGAAAACCCAGUACGCCCUGGACACUGCAGCCGGAGUUACCGCCUACUACAUCAGCUACUUCAACGUCUCGUACGUCCUGCCCAAACUGGAUCUAGUGGCCAUCCCCGAUUUCGUAUCCGGAGCGAUGGAGAACUGGGGACUGGUUACCUUCCGGGAGACUGCUCUUCUCUACGACGAAUCAACCAGUUCCAGCGUGAAUAAGCAGCGCGUCGCAGUUGUGGUGGCACAUGAGUUGGCCCACCAGUGGUUCGGCAAUCUGGUGACCAUGAACUGGUGGAGCGAUCUGUGGCUAAACGAGGGAUUCGCCUCGUUCAUCGAGUACAAGGGUGUGAAGCAGAUGCACCCAGAAUGGGACAUAGACAAUCAGUUUGUGAUUGAGGAACUUCACCCGGUGCUAAAAAUUGAUGCCACUUUGGCCUCUCAUCCCAUUGUCAAGUCAAUUGAGAGUCCGGACGAGAUCACUGAGUACUUUGAUACUAUCACCUACUCUAAGGGAGCCGCACUGGUUCGCAUGCUGGAAAAUCUGGUGGGCGAGGAGAAGCUAAGGAACGCGACGACUCGCUAUCUACUCCGUCACAUCUACAGCACUGCCACCACUGAGGAUUACCUCACCGCCGUUGAAGAGGAGGAAGGACUGGACUUUGAAGUGAAGCAGAUCAUGCAGACCUGGACGGAGCAGAUGGGUCUGCCAGUUGUGGAGGUCGAGAAAAGUGGCAACAACUACAAGCUCACCCAGAAGAGAUUCCUUGCCAACGAGGAUGACUACGCAGCCGAGGCUGAAGCAUCUUCCUUCAACUAUCGUUGGUCGAUUCCCAUCACCUACACGAGCAGCAUUAACAGCGAAGUUCAAUCUUUGAUCUUUAACCACAACGAUAACGAAGCCACUAUCACGCUUUCUGGAGAUGCCAGCUGGAUCAAGAUUAACACGAAUCAGGUCGGAUACUAUCGAGUGAACUAUGCCGCUGAGCAGUGGGGAGCAAUCACCAGUGCUCUAAAAGCCUCCCGCGAAACCUUUACCACCGCUGAUCGCGCUCACUUGUUAAACGAUGCCGACUCUCUGGCAGCUGCCGGACAGCUUAGCUACUCCCUGGCACUGGAUCUGAUCUCUUACUUGGAGAGCGAGAAGGACUACGUGCCCUGGAGCGUGGGCACCGCCACCCUGGCUUCGCUGAGGAAUCGAGUCUACUACACUGACCUGUACACCAACUUCACCACCUACGCCCGCAAACUGCUUACGCCCAUUGCGGAGAGUGUCACCUUUACCGUAGGCACCGACCAUCUGGAGAAUCGCCUCCGCAUCAAGGUGCUGAGCUCAGCCUGCAGUUUGGGACACGAGAGCUCUUUGCAGCAGGUUGUCACGCUGUUCAACCAGUGGCUGGCCAGUCCGGAGACCCGACCCAGUCCGGAUAUUCGUGACGUCGUCUACUACUACGGCCUGCAGCAGGUGAACACGGAGGCUGCCUGGGAUCAGAUGUGGAAGCUGUACCUGGACGAGACCGAUGCCCAGGAGAAGGUGAAGCUGAUGAACGGAUUGGCUGCCGUGCAGGUGCCGUGGCUCCUGCAGCGAUACAUCAACUGGGCCUGGGACGAGAGUAAUGUGCGCCGGCAGGACUACUUCACCCUGCUGGGUUACAUCUCUACCAAUCCGGUGGGUCAGAGUCUGGUUUGGGAUUAUGUGCGCGAGAACUGGGAGAAGCUCGUGGAGCGUUUCGGCAUCAAUGAGCGUACUUUGGGUCGAUUGAUUCCCACGAUCACGGCACGCUUCUCCACGGAAACGAAGCUGGAAGAGAUGCAGCAGUUCUUCGCCAAGUAUCCCGAGGCUGGAGCCGGAACUACGGCACGCCAACAGGCCCUGGAAGCGGUGAAGGCCAACAUAAAGUGGCUGACAGUCAACAAGGCCCAGGUGGGCGAGUGGUUGGCCAACUACGUACAACAAUCCUCCGUCACCAAUCGCAUCCAAUGAGUCGCCGACUCGGCCAUUUGCACCCUGUAAAAUAUCAAUAAUGUAAAAACUACCAAUGGAAUUGAACAUAGUCUUAGCUAACUAGUGCAGCAAUUGCAUUUCAAUUGUGAACGAAGAAUUGUGAAUGCUUAUGAUAUUUUUGAAGAAAAUACAAGACAAAAACUUA